UGCACGGCACAUUCCACUCUAAUAGGAGAUCCUCAGCAUCCUUCGGUGGUCUAUAGUCGGGGCGCCUACCUCGGUAUUUCACAAAAGGAGCUACUGGAAGAAACUCAAGGAGCAGAGUACCUUAUGGUGAAGCCAAGCUUCUCCAAGCCCGGUUUACAGAGGCAGUAUGAAUUCAACUCUUCAAUCUUGGCGAUAGUGGAGCCGAUAGCACAAGUAGCACCUCCAGAGCUGAACGUGAAGGCCGACUUACUGAAAGCAGUGAAGGCAAUCAAACAGAGGAACGAGCUGCUUACUAUUGCAGACAAAGACCCGGCUAUAUGGGAAGUGUACGACCAACAUAGCAAGGCAGAUAGCUAUGACAGCGAAUUCCCAAUAAUAGCCACAUGUCUUAGAGAAAGGAAGAAGGAGCAGAAAAAGGAUUCCAGCAAAGGGAAGCUCAAGUGGGGCCGUCCUCAUCCUUAUUCCAGGCAACAGCCCUUUCGGGCAGGAGGGGCGACCUGGGCCCUCGCUCCUCCCAUGGACUCUUACCCUUCCUUCAGUCAGCAAUCUUUCAAAAAAUGGCGGCGCUCAGUCCCCAUACGGAAACUUCUUCCGUCAACAAAGAUUCGACAAACCGAUGUGCUUCGAUGCGGUAAAUUCGGGCCAUCUCCGCUCAGAGUGCAAAGGGAAGCAAAAGUGACCUUAUACUUAGACGAUGGCCUCAUAUGGGCUGAUUCCGCACACCGGUGCGAAGAGUUCGUGAGAACUAUUAGAAAAGAUCUUGAACUUGCCGGCGUUACCAUGGCCGAAGACAAGUGUUCCUGGAUCCCGCUCCAGAGAAUCACGUGGUUGGGCCACAUCAUAGAUUUAGUUUCUUUUACUGUGAACAUCACUCACGAGAGGAGAGAAAAAGCUAAAAAUUUCACAAUAAAUUUACUAAAAAAUAAAGGGCCCUCCCUUUUACAGCGUAUGAAAUGGCUGGGAUACAUUGCAUCAAUGUAUUUAGUUAUUCCUUCAGAUAUCCAAAAGAAAUGGCGUUCCGUUAUGACACAAGUGGCAGAAAAACAAUCGAUAUUCACUUCUCUAAAAUUCAGAUGGAAACUAUCCAUUGAGGAGACAGAUUCGCCUGCGAAACAGCCCGCAGUGUCAACGCGUUCUCAUCGGAAUCCUCCACUUUCUGGAAGGACUCUUUCUGUUGUGCGGCAAUUCCGGAGGCGUGACAAUUGGAUUAGAGUGCUGUUUCAAGCAAAGCGAGGAAAUCAACACGUCAUCAACGUUUCAAUAUCGGCGACUUCAAGACGUCUCCAUCGGUUCCGGCAAAUGGAGUAUUCGAUCUUUAUAUGUAUUAGAGGUUUUGAUACCUAA